CCCCCGCCCCGGCUCCGCCUCCGCCCGCACCGCGCUGCCCUCGGCCCGCGCCGCCCGCGCGUUCUUCAGUCUGAUUUGAAUGAAAUACCCCAGAGAAAAGGCCCUCUCCAGCGUUUCCGUCCACAGGGCUGGACAAGAUGCCAAAGCAGGAAAAUGGCCAAAAAGAAGACUCCAUCAUCCAGAAUGACCUCAGUGAAUCGUUUGAAGAAGAAGUUAGAGCGUUCCUCAGUGAUGAAGAGAAACUGCACCUUUUUGAUGACCUCACAAAAGUUAAUCCAGUGACAACUACAACAGUUCUGAAAUGUCUUCAAGCAAGAUAUGCAGUAAACUUGUUCUAUACAAAUGCUGGCUGCAGCCUGGUGGCUUUAAAUCCAUUUCAGCCUGUCACCUACCUCUAUUCACCUGAGCUCAUGAGAGAGUACCACGUCGCACUGCGUCCUCAGGAUUUAAAACCUCACAUCUUUGCAGUGGCUGAACAAACCUACAGAAAUGUCCAAAGCCAGAUAGAGCCCAUCAACCAGUCUAUAAUUGUUAGUGGAGAAAGUGGUGCUGGGAAGACCUGGACGUCUCGCUGCCUUAUGAAAUUCUAUGCUUCUGUUGCUGCUUCAGUUAUCUCCCCAAAAGGCAAUGAAACUGUGGAAAGGAUAGAGAAGAGAGUGUUGGAUUCCAACCCUGUCAUGGAAGCAUUUGGAAAUGCAUGUACCCUGCGGAAUAACAACAGUAGCCGUUUUGGAAAGUAUAUCCAGCUUCAGUUAGACAGAUUCCACCAUCUGAGUAGUGCCUCCAUUCAGACUUUCCUUUUGGAGAAAACCAGAGUUGCCUAUCAGGCCCCCAACGAAAGAAACUUUCACAUCUUUUAUCAGAUCACAAAAGGUGCCACUGCAGAGGAGAGGCUGGAAUGGAACCUUCCAGAAGGGGCUGACUACCGCUGGCUGCCAAAUGCUGAAAGAAGCUUAGAUGAGGACUGCUUCGAGGUGACCAGAGAUGCAAUGUUUCACUUGGGCAUUGACCGCUCCACGCAGAACAAUAUUUUCAAGGUAUUGUCAGGCCUUCUCCAUCUUGGGAAUGUUCAAUUCUCCAAUCCUGUGGAUGAAUCUCAGUCUUGUGAACUAGAAGAAAACGCCAAAGACUUUUUGAAGACUGCUGGAGCUUUGCUGCAGAUACCUGUCGAGGAGCUACUGGAAUCAUUAAGAAUUCGAACAAUAACUGCUGGGAAACAACAACAAGUCUUCAAGAAGCCGUGCUCCAGAGCCGAGUGCGAGACGAGGAGGGACUGCCUCGCCAAAGUGAUCUAUGCCAAAUUGUUUGAAUGGCUCGUUUUGGUCAUAAAUGAAAGCAUCUAUGGAGAUCCUUCAGGAUGGACCAGCUUCAUAGGUUUGUUGGAUGUUUAUGGUUUUGAAGCCUUCCCUGAAAACAACUUGGAACAGCUCUGUAUUAACUAUGCCAACGAGAAACUGCAGCAGCACUUUGUAGCACACUAUCUGAAGGCACAACAGGUAUUACUCUGUUAA